CCUGCUCCGCGGGUCGGCCGCCGGGUCCCGCACAGCCCGGGAGCGGCGGGCGCUGUGCACGCUCUGCCGCCGACAGAUCCCGACUGGAGCCGCGAUGCCGGGCACCUCGAGACAGCCUGGUCGCCAGGCAGGCUCAUCCCUGCUCUCGUUGCAUCAAGAAGACCAGGAGAAUGUCAACCCCGAAAAUGUGGCGCCAGUCCAGCAGCCGCGGGCGCAGGCGGUGCUUAAGGCCGGGAACGUGCGGGGACCCGCGCCGCAGCAGAAGCUCAAGACUCGGCGGGUUGCGCCUCUUAAGGACCUUCCUAUAAACGAUGAGCAUGUCGCUGCUGGUCCUUCAUGGAAAGCAGUCAGUAAACAGCCUGCCUUCACCAUUCAUGUGGAUGAAGCAGAAGAGACUCAGAAGAGGCCAGCUGAGCUUAAAGAAACAGAGUGUGAAGAUGCCCUGGCUUUUAAUGCAGCUGUCUCUUUACCCGGAGCAAGAAAACCACUGACACCUCUUGAUUAUCCAAUGGAUGGUAGUUUUGAAUCCCCACAUGGUAUGGAUAUGUCUAUUGUCUUAGAAGAUGAAAAGCCAGUGAAUGUCAAUGAAGUACCUGACUAUCACGAAGAUAUUCACACAUACCUUAGGGAAAUGGAGGUUAAAUGUAAACCUAAAGUGGGUUAUAUGAAGAGGCAGCCAGACAUCACCAACAGUAUGCGGGCCAUCCUUGUGGACUGGCUAGUUGAAGUGGGAGAAGAAUAUAAACUACAGAAUGAGACCCUGCAUUUGGCUGUGAACUACAUUGAUAGAUUCCUGUCCUCCAUGUCCGUGUUAAGAGGAAAGCUUCAGCUUGUGGGCACAGCUGCUAUGCUGCUAGCUUCGAAAUUUGAAGAAAUUUACCCCCCAGAAGUAGCGGAGUUUGUGUAUAUUACAGACGAUACCUAUUCUAAGAAGCAGGUUCUGAGAAUGGAGCACCUAGUAUUGAAAGUCCUUGCUUUUGACUUGGCUGCACCAACAGUAAAUCAGUUCCUUACCCAGUACUUCCUGCACCUGCAGCCUGCAAACUGCAAGGUUGAAAGCUUAGCAAUGUUUUUGGGAGAAUUAAGUUUGAUAGAUGCUGAGCCAUACCUCAAGUACUUGCCGUCACUUAUCGCUGGAGCUGCCUUUCACUUGGCUCUCUACACAGUCACAGGACAGAGCUGGCCUGAGUCAUUGGUACAACAGACUGGAUAUACCCUAGAAAGUCUCAAGCCUUGUCUCCUGGACCUUCACCAGACCUACCUCAAAGCACCACAGCAUGCCCAACAGUCCAUAAGGGAAAAGUACAAGCAUUCAAAAUAUCACAGUGUUUCUCUUCUCAACCCACCAGAGACACUAAAUGUGUGAAAAUGAAAGACUGACUGCCUUCGUUUGAAAUGGGAGUUGCUCAGAAUUCAUCCUGUACAGUUUUUAUCUUGGGUUUUAAUUUCACAAUCAUUCUAAAUGUAGAUGGUAUAGCCACAGACAAAUUAUGGUAUCCAUUGCUUUUAAAAUGGUUUUAAUUUGUAUAUCUUUUGUACAUGUGUCUAUCUUAGAUAUUUGGAUCAUUUUAAUUGGUUUGUUAGCAUUGGUGCUGCCAACUGUCAGGAUAAUAAGAAUAAAUUGAUUUGGAAAUCUUUGCAAGUCAAAGUUAAUUUGAGGUAAUGAAUGAUAAUGUCACUUAGAUGCUAAUUUGAUUUGUUUUAUUGUUCAGUGGGGGGUAGGACUGAAAUUUCAGAGAGAGACCUUCAAAUUCUGACAAAUUUUCAAAUUUUGUAUUUGAUCAUUCUAAGCAACCAACUAAAUUGCUGACUUGGUCAUAAAUAACCAAAAGUAAACCAAUCUGUUGUCGGUGCAGCAGAACUCACUUGGCUCUCAUGUUUACAGAAGUUUAUUUAUCAACUUUUACAAAAAGAGAUGUUUAUCAACCUUUACAAAUAAGGUUUCACAUGAGCUGGGAAGCUUUUGUACAGCAAAAAGUUUUCCAGAAAGUUUAUUCAACGUAUAAUGUUAAAGACAAAAACAGUUUAUCAAGUUCAGCUUAUAAUAAAAAGCAUCCAGAGCUGUUAGCACUGAGCAGACCUCCUCUUAGUAGCUGUAUAGUAUACACACAUACAAAUCCACCACUGUAGCCUAAUUAGCAGUUCUCUUCUUUUUCUUCCUUCUCCCUUGACUUUUACUUGGUGCCUUCUGGUUUGUACUGGUCUGAGCUCUGUAAAUAAAGUAAUAUAACAGCUUGCUGUACCCCAUCGGUCCUGGAUUGGGUCACAGGGACUCUGAAAGGUACCCCAUUUUUAUAGAACCAAUUUUUAAUGGAUAUUUGAAAGAGACCAAAAUUUGUUACCUUAUUUUCUUUGGAUUCUUCUCUGGCUCCAAAAUGAUCAUUUCUUCUUCUUCACUAUCUGAUAGCACUAUAGGGGCACCUUUAAGAAAAUUCCAAAAAAGGAGUUUACUACUUAACCACAUCAGAAGCCCUAAUGCUUCCAUUUCCAUGCUAAGAGAGCUCAAGCUAUGCUGCUUGGAGGCUGACACUUUACAAAUCUUACAAGUCUGAAAAUUUGUAAAAAUUGAUGUUUUAUUUGAUCUGGUUCUUGCUACCAGGGCUGACCUGACCAUGAAAAAUGUAGGAAACUGCUUUGUUUGCCCAUUUUUCUCUUGAACAGUAAUUAUAUAUGUGUGUGUAAAUAAAGCAUGCCCAUUUGGCUGGCUGUG